UCCUCUGCUACAGAUAUGGCUUGGUUUCUGUGUCUAUGUGUGUUUCUGGUCGUGGCUCUGGUUUUGUUAGCAAUUCAGUUAAUGCUCAGAAUGUCUGCAAAUGGCCCCCAGGAGCCCCCCUGCCUCCCAGCGCUACCUCUGAUCGGCAGUCUGCUGAGCCUGCGCAGCCCGCACCCUCCUCAUGUGCUUUUCAAAGAACUGCAGGAGAAGUACGGACAGACGUACUCUCUGAUGAUGGGCUCCCACAGCGUCAUCAUCGUCAACCAGCACAAACACGCUAAAGAAGUCCUGCUGAAGAAGGGAAAGAUAUUUGCAGGAAGACCCAGAUCUGUAACCACAGAUGUUCUGACCAGAGAUGGGAAAGACAUCGCAUUUGGAGACUACAGUGCUACCUGGAGGUUCCACAGGAAAAUAGUCCACGGAGCUCUCUGCAUGUUCGGAGAGGGUUCUGCCUCCAUCGAGAAGAUCAUCUGCGCAGAGGCUCAGUCUCUGUGCUCUGUCCUGUCCGAGGCAGCAGCUGCUGGACUUGCCCUGGAUCUGUCUCCUGAGCUGACUCGGGCCGUCACCAACGUCAUCUGCUCGCUCUGCUUCAACUCCUCCUACCGCAGAGGAGAUCCAGAGUUUGAGACCAUGCUCCGCUACAGCCAGGGCAUCGUGGACACUGUGGCAAAGGACAGCCUGGUGGACAUCUUCCCCUGGUUACAGAUUUUUCCCAGCGCAGACCUGCGUCUUCUGAAGCAGUGUGUUUCAAUCAGAGACAAACUACUACAGAAGAAAUAUGAUGAACACAAGGCAGAGUACAGCGACCAUGUGCAGAGGGACCUUCUGGACGCUCUGCUGAGAGCCAAACGCAGCGCUGAGAACAACAACACCGCGGAGCUAAGCGCUGAAUCCGUGGGCCUCAGUGAGGACCACCUCCUCAUGACUGUGGGAGACAUCUUUGGAGCCGGCGUGGAAACCACCACCACUGUUCUCAAAUGGGCCGUCACCUACCUCAUCCAUCACCCACAGGUGCAGAGACGUAUCCAGGAGGAGCUGGACAUUAAAGUGGGGAGGGGGCGGUCCCCCCAACUCAGUGACAGAGGCAGCCUGCCCUACCUGGAAGCCACCAUCAGGGAGGUGUUACGGAUCCGUCCUGUGGCCCCUCUGUUCAUCCCCCACGUGGCCCUCAGUGACACCAGCAUCGGGGACUUCACCGUGAGGAGAGGAACUCGAGUCAUCAUCAACCUGUGGUCUUUGCAUCAUGACGAGAAGGAAUGGAAGGACCCUGAGCUUUUUGACCCUGGUCGGUUCUUGAACAGCGAAGGCACGGGUCUGAUCAUCCCUUCGUCCAGCUACCUGCCGUUCGGGGCAGGGGUCAGGGUGUGUCUCGGCGAGGCCUUGGCCAAGAUGGAGCUCUUCCUCUUCCUGUCCUGGAUCCUGCAGCACUUCAUCCUCUCUGUCCCACCGGGCCACUCUCUGCCCAGUCUGGAGGGUAAGUUUGGUGUGGUCCUCCAGCCGGCCAAGUACAAGCGGCAGCUACAUGCGUACACGACAGUCCCUAAUCAGCGCGAGCAGGGCGACAACAUGCCGCGGUCUUUCUUAGUGAAGACACAGAGCAGCAAGAAACCGAGCUAUGGAGGAGUGAAGCCACAGACUGAGGAGGCCCCCUGCAUCUCCUGCAAAGACUCAGUGCUGCACAGUGACGUCCACCCUCACCAUCAGCGUCCAUCCCUGAGUCCACAGCUACAGCACAGAACCCAGUCUCUCUCCUCCUCCUUCUCCUCCUCCUCCUGCUCCUCUUCGUCCUCUUGUGCUCUUUCUCUCAGAACAGCCCGACAGCAUCUUUCCUCCUCUCCAAACACCUCCCCUCUCUCCGUUUUAGGCCCCUCUUCGGAGGCUUACGGUAGAAGCCCCUCAGACGCCUAUAAACCAGAAGAAUCCUGUAUCCGGUGUGUCACAGGAGACCACAGGAGGAGAGAGAGCCUCCUCCCUCCGUCUCUCCCUCUCCUGGCGCUCUUUCCGGCUGUCCCUCCAGGCGGCAGCAGCCAGGAGGGCUUUGAGUGUUUGGACUGUCAUAAAGAGUACUUGAGCUUCUCGGGCCUGGCCAAACACAAGCAGCUCCAGUGUGAGUGGAGCAGUAAGAAGUACUUCAGCUGUAAGUACUGUGAGAAGGAGUACGUCAGCCUGGGAGCGCUCAAGAUGCACAUCAGGACACACACACUGCCCUGUGUGUGUAAACUCUGCGGCAAGGCCUUCUCCAGACCCUGGCUGCUUCAGGGACAUAUACGCACACACACAGGAGAGAAACCGUUCUCGUGCCUCCACUGCAGCCGAGCGUUCGCCGACCGGUCCAACCUGCGAGCUCACCUCCAAACACACUCUGAAGUGAAAAAGUACCAGUGUUCAAGCUGCUUUAAGACCUUCUCCAGGAUCUCACUGUUAGCCAAGCACCAGGAGGCGGGCUGCCCUGUGUCCUGACAGCCUGUAAACUCCAACCUGCUCCAAAACAGUGUCUCACUGCUGGCUGAUGUUGAUGGCAACAUCUUCGAGACAGCCUCCAAAGACCCACUACUACGUUUGUAUAACUUGAUGUGUGGAUCACAAAACCCAGUGCCUGAGCGGGGGGGGGGUGUCAUGUGACCGCCUUUCUUCCUCCUCAAAUCUAUUAUUUCCCAGAAGAAGCUUGUGUAUUAACAUCUGUAAUUUCCUUCCAUCUGCUUAGUUUCCCCAGGUGUAUAUGUGUAGAAAGUGUUUACAG